AUGACCACUGCUCUUGCUGGCCCCUGGCUGCGUGCUAACAAAGAACGGGUUCCUAACUCACGGCGUGGAGUAGAGCCUGAGAUCUACAGCAGUGGCCAACACAUUUACCUUUCUGCAAGAAUCAGUGGUAAUCUGGUGAUCCAAGCCUAUACCCCAGUUUCUAGUGAUGAGACAAAAGGUUAUGUUGAUUUAAUUAUAAAGUACAAAAAUGUGAAUCCUAAGUUCACAGAAGGUGGGAAGAUGUCCCAGUACAUAGACAACAUGAAGAUUGGAGAUGUUAUUGACUUCAGGGGGCCAAAUGGACUGCUUGUCUACAAGGGGUCAGGUAUCUUCCUGAUCAAGCCUGAUAAGAAGUCUGAAGCACAGAAGAAGUUUGCAAAGCAUCUUGGGAUGAUAGCUGGAGGAACAGGAAUAACGCCUAUGUAACAGCUGAUCCAUCAUAUCACAAGUGAUCCUAAGGACUCUACAAAAUGUUACCUUCUUUUUGCUAAUCAGACAGAAAAGGGUAUAUUGCUCAGAGCUGAGCUAGAAGACAUUGCUAAGAGGCAUCCUGAUCAGAUCACGCUCUGGUAUACGCUGGACAAGCCUCCACAAGAUUGGAAGUGCAGUUCUGGCUUUGUCACUGCAGACAUGAUUAAAACCCACCUCCCUUCUGGCAGUGAGACGCUCAUUCUUAUGUGUGGGCCACCACCUAUGAUUCAGUUUGCAUGUCAGCCUAACCUGGACAAACUCAGCUAUCCCAAGAGCAUUACAUUUUCUUAUUAACAGUGAUGUCGUCCAGCUCUUUUUCUUAAAGACAGUGGAGACUGUGGACCUGAAUCCAUUCCCAAAGAAAGAGGUGAAAGAUCAUCUGAAACUACUGUACCAUCCAUGUUCUCUGUUUCUCCUGGGUUAACAACAAUAAUUGUCAAUAAUUAGUACAAAAUGUGACAGGGUUGUUAUAUGACAGACUAAUACUUAAAUUAAAAAAUAUAAUAAAGUACAGAUAGCUAUAAAAAUGUUCUCUCAUUAAAAAUAAUUGUAAAAAAAAAAAGUAGCUGUACUUUUGAUAUAAGAAAAGGGUAUUAUAAUAUUGUAAUUUCAGUGUAUUUUAAAACCUUAAUUCCAGAUCUUGAUCUGCUGUUGCGUUUCCUAUUUUUAAUACCAAAAUUCAUCCAUCAAAAUCAGUAGGAAUUUUAUUGUUUACUUCAGUGAGAGCAAAAUAAGACCAAGAAUAAAUAUUAAAAAAAAAAAAUAAAAAA